UACAAAUUUCAUAUCUGUACCAGCAGCACCUCUGUAUUGCACAGCAAAACCCCGAUUUCGACCGCAACGACCAACCCCUUUGCUCAAACACUGGACAUUCUCGGCAGUUAGACGCCGCUGUCGCCCUCCCGCCCCCCCCCCCCCCCCGGCGCCGAUUCUCUCUGUUUCAUCUUCUCAUCUGUCAUCGCAUUCAUUCGAUUUGAUAAACCCUUCCAAAACCCUAACACGAGGUAUGCUAGAGCUGGUACUACAAAAGAAUGUUGAAACGACUGUGGAAGAUAUCAGACGCAGCACAAUCAGAGCUGUUCCUCCACCUCCAAAGGUUCCCACCAAACCCCAAAACCCUAACAACCACCCCCUCCGCCAAUACCACAAACUCGUACCAAAGCAUCGUCAAUUUGUUCGCCCACAGAAGUAGUCGCACCGCUACCAAGCCAAGCGAACUUUACAUGGAGGUUUCACAACUGAAAGAUGAAUUACUUAGAAAAAACGACGAUAGAGACGAGAUUGUAAGAGUAUUGGAAGAUAAAGGUGGUUCUUUGUUCCUGAGUGAUUCCGAUGGAUCGACUUUGGUUCAACUGCUGAAACAGUUGCGUUCUUCGCCUACAUUAGGCAUUGAGGUUCUUAAUUGGAGACGGAAACAGGAACAUUGUGGCAUCCCAAUGACAUCGGACGAGUAUGCCCACGGUAUUACAGUUGCUGGUAGAACGAACAAUGUUGAUCUUGCACUUGAACUUUUUAAGGAGGCUGCUAACAGGCAAAUUAAGACAACCUCUACGUAUAAUGCACUUAUGGGUGCCUAUAUGUCUAAUGGUUUUGCAAAGAAAUGCCAGCAGUUGUUUCUAGAUUUAAAGAGGGAUGCAAAUUGUUGCCCAACAAUUGCUACAUAUAACAUACUUAUUUCAGUCUUUGGUCGGUUGAUGCUGGUAGCUCACAUGGAGACAACCUUUCGCGAGAUUGAGGAUUUAAAUCUGUCUCCCAAUGUGAGUACCUAUAAUAAUUUAAUUGCUGGAUACAUAACUGCUUGGAUGUGGGAUAGUAUGGAGAGGACUUUCAGAAUUUUGAAGGCGGGUUCUGUCAAGCCCAGUCUUAAAACAUACCUGCUUAUGCUUCGAGGGUAUGCUAAUUCUUUGAAUUUGGAAAAGAUGGAAGAGAUGUAUAAGUUGGUGAAGCAUCAUGUUAAUCAGAAUGAAAUCCCAUUAAUCAGAGCUAUGGUACAUGCAUAUUGUGGGAGUUCUGACAAGAAUAGAGUUGAAAAGAUUGAAGAUUUACUGAGGUUCAUUUCAAAAAAGGAAUAUAGGCCUUGGUUGAAUGUGUUAUUAAUCCGAGUUUAUGCACAAGAAGAUUUGUUAGAGAAGAUGGAGAAGUCCAUCAAUGUGGCAUUUCAGCAUAAUACCUCUGUGGCAACGGUUGGUCUUAUGCGAUGUAUCAUUACAAGUUAUUUUCGAUGCAAUGAAGUGGACAAGCUUGCGAAAUUCGUAAAGCGUGCAGAGUGUGCUGGGUGGAGAAUCUGUAGGUCCUUGUACCACUGUCAGAUGGUCAUGUAUGCAUCACAGAAACGCCUUGCAGAAAUGGAGAGAGUACUUGAUGUGAUGGAGAACUUCAAUAUGGAGCGCACGAGGAAAACACACUGGAUAUUGUAUAAUGCCUACUUAAUAUGUGGUCAAAAGCAUAAAGCUGAGCAGGUGAUAGGAACGAUGUACAAGCGUGGGUAUGAAAUUAGUUUGGAUGCCUUUCCUUCAUAGUGCACCUUCUAGGAGAGCAUUUAUGUGCUGGACCAGUUGAAGGAGUACUGAGCAAUUGCAAUGGUUCCCCCUAUCUGGAGGAUGAAGUAGAGGUUCAUCUAGUUUGUUGGUAAGCUUCUCUUUCUCAAAUUAAUUAUUCCAGCUAGUUACACUUCUCUUCGAUAAUAUAUCUUUAUGUCUUUCACACUUACUGUUAGAGAGUUCACCAAACUGUCCAUUGACUCCAUUCUGCUACACCUUAUAUCUUUUGGGUCGAUGACUGAUGCCGUGUUAUAUGUUCAUACUUCAUGCACUUAGCUUAAAUGUCAUGGUUUGCAUUGGACACAAGUAUGACAGCAUACACUUUUGUACACGUUCAGCACAUACUCUCUUCCGAUUCGGUGCCUUGUUAUCAUGUUAGAUGCAAGUAUGUAGACCUUCCCUGCCUUAAAUGUAUUUACUGGAGAAGAGAUGUGACUGACUAUGUAGAUGUUCAUACGUAAUCGCACUUUGAUUGACCUUGCUUUAACGCAGUAUGUGUGGUUAACGAUAACGAUAUAGUUUCUGAAAUAUGUGUGAGUUCAUUGGUUUCAGCCCGUAAGAGAAAAUCAUACCAGAAGAGAGAGAUUGAUUGAUCAUUGAAAUUGGCUGAGAUUGAUGUAUAAAGGAAAGAGUAUUUAGUUGGAACUGAUAGAAUAAGCCAUUGAAGUAAUUGAUUUUUGACAAUCAUAAAGCAAGAAGUGAUCGUAUAUAGUUCUCACGGAAGGUAUUCCCCACCUAUUUCUGUAGUGGAGGAUUGUCUCUUUUAUGGGAUCUUCUGGACAAGCACUUGGUAUUGGCAACUGACUAGAGUUCUCACCAAGGCUUGUAUUUUUUAGCAUUUGUCUACAUAGGGCAGCUCUUUAAACAUACUUAAAGGUGCUCCUUUCUUGCUCCGUGUUCUUUUUUUUUUUUUUUUUUGUUGCCAUGUUGCUAUUCUUCUUUUUUCUUCAACAUGAAAAAUUCUGGGUGUGAGGAGAGAAGGAGUUAGUUAUAUGGCAUUGCUAUGUGUGGGGUUUCACAUUUUCUUCUCAUCCUUUUACCAGAAUCUCCUUUUCCCCCCUCCUUUUGUCUCCAUCUUCCCCACUCCCUUCUAGAUCUUGUGAUAGCUAGUUAGCUACUGAAGCUUGUGGAAGUUGGUUGAGAUGUUCUAGGAUCUGCAUCUGAUUAUAUCUGAAACCUGAAUAAAUUGCGCCUUUCGUAUAACACUUGUAUUUGCACUGUGAAUGCCUUGUGGAUACGAUGUUAAUAGACUAUACGACAAGUUCUGCUUCUAUGCCUUCACACUGUAGGGCCCCGUUCAGUUGCACGAAAAGGAUGAGGAAAUCAACUUUCCCGUAACUUUUUGUGUGUUAAGUUACUAGGAAAGUUAUAGGAUCCACGUCUCCAACUUUUCCAUUAGGAAACACUUUCCUGUAGAAUAGGUCUUGCCAAAAUGAAGGAAUUGUUGUUUUUGUGUAAGAUUUCUUGUCUAAAAUAAAUUUCAUUUUCCUUUACUUCACCCCUCACUUCACUUUUCAUGGGAACCAAUUUCCCACACAAUAUUCCCGACAACGGAACGGAGCCUAGAUGAUUAACACUGGUGUUUUAGUCUUUGACCCAUAUUAGUAGGUUUAGUUUUAUCUUAGCUUUACAUGUGAUUCUUGAUGCAGUCGGUAGAGGUGUGAUUUACCGCAUAUAACGGAAAUCGCUAUAUUUUUCUGGUGAACCAGUACGCUAAAUACGCACAACGUGAAUAAAAUCGACUUCAUGGAGAAUCAAUCCUCAAUUCAGGAGUUUUAGAUGAUGUACAUUUUUUGGUUAAGCAGUGAACGUAACAACCGCAAGAAUUGCACUAUUCAAGCCAUCUAUCAAUAACAAUUUUGGCAGUCGGAAUUCAGAAGGCAAUUUUACGCGGAUUAUGUUUGAAGCACAAUCAUUGGAUUGUCAGCCGGAAGCCAUGGAAGAUAUGCAGAUUGGUUCUCGCGACUACUGUACCUGUAAUUUAAGGUGAUGUACAAAUUUUCAGCGGGGUAUUCUUCGUAUCAGCAAUAUGUACUGUCCAUUCAUGUCUUUUGGAAACUGUUAAUCCUGGUUUUUGGGUUAAUCCUGUUAUCCAACAAAUGGUUCUGCUAAGCUGUUUCUGCUUUUAUUUUCUUGACUCAGGGUCAAAUACCCUAAUCAAUUGCUGCAAAUGCGGCUUUUAAGGGAAAUGAUUAAAAGAAUUCGAUAUGAUUAUCAAAUAAA